AUGUUUCGGGUCUCUCUUCGGUCUGUCGCAGGCCCUCAUCGCCACCAUGUUUGCUUCUCCUGUUUAGCUGGCCGAGCCGGCGCGCCGGCCAGACUGCGUCAAUUCCACAGCGCCACUCCGCUCCCGGCUGAAUCCCAAGGCGAGACGUCGGAAACGAAGUCCGAGAAUACAUCGAUCCAACUCCAGGACUUUCACUCGGAUCAUGCGCCCAGCAAGGAUACGAAAAACCAUGAUAGAGCGCCCAAGCAACCACCCCAAAAUGGCAAACCGCAUAAGUUCGACAAGAAACGAAAAACCGACGGAGAAAAGAAAACACUACCGCCGAAAUGGAAGGCUGAGGCAGGUUCUGAGGGCAAGACUCGCGAACCGGGCGACCAAAAGAAGACUACCAAAACUAGUACCCAGGAUGGAUCGAAUCAAGAGCAGCAGACCGACAAGAAGCCUUUCAGUGCUAGGGUGGCCCGGCUGCUAGAUGAAACUGCUCAGCCCAAGAAAAAGCCCAGUAAAAGGUCAGCUCGUUCAGAUGCGGAGAGAAGAAAGGCAGCAGAGCUGGACGGGCCCUCAAGCCUUGUGAACAAAAAGGAAACCGGAUCCAUGAAUUCGGCCGAUCGGACUGUGUCCCCAUUGGAUAUCCCUACGCCACCGGUUCCGCGUCUUUCAUUUGGCCUGGACCGAGUACUUUUCAACCCCGGUGUCUACCAGCUUCGUGAUCCCCGAUCUCGUGUGUACAACUUUGACCCCUACCUGGGCUCUAUCAUGCCCGUGACGGAAUUCGACUUUGAUGCCUUGAAGGAGUACAUCACUUCUUCCAAGGACGAGACCCUCCGCAAUAUUGCAGUCCAGCAAAAAAAGAAAUAUGUCGGGUCUUCCUCGAGUAUGACCUCUGUGCUCUCGCACUUCCACUACCUUUUGUCUGGUUGGAGAAGCAUCGACACGCGGACGCUGUCCCAGGGGUUUACGGAACCGUAUCGUUCCUUUACUCGCCUGAACCGAUCGCCGGCUGCUAUGUUCCUUCACUAUCAGGAUGGAACUUACGCGAUUGACGCGGACAAGGAAUUUGAUUCAGCCAAUAUCCUCAUGAAUUUGGGCAAGUCGAUGGAAAAGCUGCUCACACUGCCUAAGGACGAAUUUGAGCGUUAUCGCCGAUCUAGCGACAACAAGAUCUCACCCGAAGAGGAAAAAGCCAUCCCUGAAUCCUACCAUUACUCCACCGCUGGCGAUUUCAUUAUGCGGUCACAGCUUGACGCCUAUGAUCCUCGGCUGCCCGGCACCGGCAUGUUUGACCUGAAAACACGAGCGGUGGUAUCGAUCCGCAUGGACGCGAAGAAUUUCGAGCAUGGGUUAGGCUACGAGAUCAAGAACCGCUACGGCAACUUAGAGUCCUACGAGCGAGAGUUCUUUGACAUGAUCCGCGCCGCAUUUCUCAAGUACUCCUUGCAGGUUCGUGUUGGCCGCAUGGACGGGAUCUUUGUGGCGUUCCAUAACGUCGAGCGCAUCUUUGGAUUCCAGUACAUCAGUCUGCCGGAGAUGGACCUGGCGCUGCACGGACAAACAGAUACUACGUUGGGCAACCGCGAGGUUCCCAAGCAGUCCUUGCGCUUCCACUUCGAGACGCGCGACUCUGCCACUCCGUUCAUGUACAUCUUUGCCGAGCCAGUCACGCAAGAGGAUAUCCACGCCAUCCAGACCAAGAACCAGGCAGAGAUUGAAGCCUACCAGAAACGCAUCUUGAACCCCACUCCGGAUGAUGCGGAUGUUGAUCUGGAAUCCGAGUCCCCUGUGUCUUCCGAAUCUGAAGACCAGACAUCCGAGUCCUCCAUCUCGUCCAGCUCUAACUCGCCCUCUCCCGCCGAUGAGUAUGUGGGUGCAGCCCCGGAGCAGUCAGGAGAAGAAGAAGCAAACAACCGGGAAAUCCUCGCGAUGGUCUUGUCAGUGAAGCACAAGGUCAAUGACAACCCCGUGGAACGGCCCAAGGACUUGACCGCGUCCGACAAGUGGACGGUCGACUAUGAGCUGAGCGAGCUGGGUCAGGCGCAGGGCUGGUCGCUGUACCGCAUGUGCCAGGCACGUCGGGAGAAACAACUCGUGAGUCGUGGCGAGGAUGAGUUCGGUGUCGCCGGCAACGCCUUCCUUCGAACGCUGCGAGCCCUCAGCAAGGCGGGCCGCGAACACCGCAAGCAGGAGAACCAAGUUGACCGGGACAACGGUGUGGUACAGUUCACCGACCCCGUUGAUUAG